UGCGAGGUCUGUGGGAAAGUAUUUGGCAGUAAGUCAACUCUUGAGAAACACCUACAGAUACAUACUGGACAGCGUCCAUAUCCAUGCAGCGAUUGUGAGAAAAGUUUCUCGUGUAGGAACCACUUGAUAACUCACCAGAGAACUCAUACUGGAGAGCGACCCUUUCCCUGUAACCAGUGUGAACGGAGGUUCAUCAAACACCAGCACCUUGUACUUCAUCAGGUAGUCCACACUGGUGAAAAGCCCUACGCAUGCCCCGUGUGUGGGAAAGGCUUCACUCGGCAAUCCAGCGUGGUCAAGCACUCCGGCAUGCAUGCAGAACAGAAGCCAUUCGUGUGUAAUGUGUGUGGCAAGAGUUACUGCCAAUAUGCCAGCCUGGUUGUUCACCAGCGGCUGCACUCAGGGGAGAAACCAUUUGUCUGCAAGUACUGUGAGAAAGCCUUUACAUGUAAAGCCACCAUGUUGAAGCACGAAAAGUCUCACACGGGGGAAAAGCCUUUCCCCUGCGAGGUCUGUGGGAAAGUAUUUGGCAGUAAGUCAUCUCUUGAGAGACACCUGCAGAUACAUACUGGACAGCGUCCAUUUCCAUGCAAUGAAUGUGGUAAAAGGUUCUCCUGUAGGAACCACUUGAACACUCACAAGAGAACUCAUACAGGCGAGCGACCCUUUCCCUGUAACCAGUGUGGACGGAGGUUCAUCAAUCACCAGCACCUUGUACUUCAUCAGGUAGUCCACACUGGUGAAAAGCCCUACGCAUGCCCCGUGUGUGGGAAAGGCUUCACUCGGCAAUCCAGCGUGGUCAAGCACUCCGGCAUGCAUGCCGAACAGAAGCCAUUCGUGUGCAAUGUGUGUGGCAAGAGUUACUGCCAAUACGCCAGCCUGGUUGUUCACCAGCGGCUGCACUCAGGGGAGAAACCAUUUGUCUGCAAGUACUGUGAGAAAGCAUUUACAUGUAAGGCCACCAUGUUGAAGCAUCAAAAGGCUCACACGGGGGAAAAGCCUUUCCCAUGUCCUCUUUGUGAGAAGUCUUUUAUUGACAAUGCCACCCUGUCUAAGCACAAGCGUAAAGUACAUACCAACGAGCCCAAACCAGCCUACUAG